CAAUAUCUCAUGGAGAUUCAAUGCUAAUACCAGUUUGCAGACGCCGAUAUAAAAGCGAAAGCAAGUGCUCCAAAAAUUAUUACAAUCAACAGCCUCAUACAAAACAAACAUGUACACCAAGGUCGUAGUAUUCUUGUGCGCGGCGAGCCUCGCCUCCGCUGGCCAUCUUCUAGAGGCUGCUGCCCCUGUGGCAUACAGCUCAGCGCCCGCCGUCUCCUCCGUGUCGUUCUCCUCUCACACCUCGCACGCUCCCGUCGCGACCUACGCCGCCGCUCCCGUCGUCGCCAAGACCUACGCCGCCCCCGCCUACGCCACCUACGCCGCUGGUCCCGUCGUAGCUAAGACCUACGCCGCUCCCGCCUACACCACCUACGCUGCUGCUCCCGUCGUAGCUAAGACCUACGCUGCUCCCGCUGUAGCAGCCUACUCUGCCCCAGUGUACGCCAAGUCCAUCGCACCAGCUGUUUCUUACUCCUCAUACUCCAGCCACUCUGCUCCUCUGGCCUACGCCGCGGCUGCUCCCGUCGUCGCCAAGACCUACGCCGCUCCUGCUUACACCACAUACGCCGCUGCUCCCGUUGUGGCUAAGGCUGUCGCCCCAGCAGUGUCUUACUCUUCUUACUCCGCUCACUCCGCACCUGUGGCCUACGCUGCGGCUCCCGUCGUAACCAAGACCUACGCCGCCCCCGCCGUCACCACCUACGCCGCUGCCCCUGUGGUAGCUAAGACCUACGCCGCCCCAGCGGUUGCCACUUACGCUGCUGCUCCCGUCCUGAAAUCCGCGGUGACCUACUCCGCCGCCCCUGCCGUUUCCCACGUCACCUACGCUGGUUUGGGAGCCAACUACGGAUGGUAAAAACAUGUUUGUUUGUUGAUAGAAAAAUAAUUUAUUUAAAAUAUCUUGGGCUGUAUACUUGUAAUGACUGUAUAUACAAAAAGAAAUAAAAAUUGAAAAAUA